CUACUUCCCUCCCACCUCGUCGUUGUAGCGGCUCCGCCCCGCUGCGCCGUCCGCGCCAAAAUCAAACCCGCCUGGGCCCGCCCCGCCCCUCGCCUCCCGCUCCCGCCCGGCCACCGGAAGACCCGCCGCCCGAGCCAUGUCGAAGAAAAAAGGACUAAGUGCAGAGGAGAAGAGAACCCGCAUGAUGGAAAUAUUUUUUGAGACGAAAGAUGUAUUUCAAUUAAAAGACAUGGAGAAGAUUGCUCCCAAAGAGAAAGGCAUUACUGCUAUGUCAGUGAAAGAAGUCCUUCAAAGUUUGGUUGAUGAUGGUAUGGUCGACUGUGAGAGGAUUGGAACAUCUAAUUAUUACUGGGCUUUUCCAAGUAAAGCUCUUCAUGUGAGAAAACGCAAGUUGGAGGUUCUGGAAUCUCAGGUAUCUGAGGGAAACCAGAAGCACACAAAUCUACAGAAAAGCAUUGAGAAAGCUAAAAUUGGCCGACAUGAAACAGAAGAGCGAACCAUGCUAGCAAAAGAGCUCUCUUCACUUCGAGACCAAAGGGAACAGCUAAAGGCAGAAGUAGAAGAAUACAAGGAAUGUGACCCACAAGUUGUGGAAGAAAUACGUCAAGCAAAUAAAAUAGCCAAAGAAGCUGCUAACAGAUGGACUGAUAAUAUAUUUGCAAUAAAAUCUUGGGCCAAAAGAAAAUUUGGUUUCGAAGAAAAUAAAAUUGAUAAAAACUUUGGAAUUCCAGAAGACUUUGACUACAUAGACUAAAAUGUUCGAUGUUGGUAAAGGAUCUAUGUACUUGUGAAUAUGUAAUUUUUAAAAUGUUAUUCAAAUGUACUGAAUUGCCAUUUACCUAUAAUUGUGUUUAUCAUUUAAUUAAUUUUAAAUAAAGUAUAAAGUGGACAUGA